CCACGCUUUCCGGUUUUGGGGGUGGUGGGGGAAAGUGGAUGCCGGCUGUUUGCGAUGGUUCGCUUCCUGCAGGUCCGCCAACGAGCCCCGCUCCCCCUUUGUGGAAACUGUUCGGCUGUGCAGGCAGAAGCUUCUCCAUAUUCUCUAGUUGACAUCUGUUUGAAUGUCUUGGUUGCUGAUCUGGCAAAGUUCUGUACAGAAAGACCAGAUGGAUCGCUGUGCUUGAAAGAAUCUCAAAGGCUUCCACAAGAAGUAGCCGAUCGAUUGCUGCAAAUAAUGUCUUAUCAAGAGUUGUUAAAUGAUGGUACUGUGGGCAUUUUCCAAGGCAACCAAAUUCGUUUGAAGCAAGCUUGCAUCCGCAAAGCGAAAAUCUCAGCCCAAUCCUUCAAGAAGGCCUUCUGCCAUCAUAAACUAGUACAGCUUGAUGCUGCAGGAAUGAAUGAAACUGUUACCAUUGCAGAUGUUGUGAGUGGAUUGGGAAGCAAUAAUUGGAUCCAGAACAAUCUCCAGUGCCUUAUCUUGGACUCAUUAACUCUUUUUCCUACAAAUUCGUAUGAAAGAUGCUUUGGUCAGCUCCCCGGUCUUCGUUCUUUGAGUAUUACAAAUGUGCUGUUCGGGGAUGAACAUCUAGCAGAUGUUGCUACCCUGCCAAGAUUAGAAAGCUUGAACAUAUCCAACACUUCUGUUACAAACAUAUCUGCACUCCUCGCCUGCAGAAAUCGUCUGAGAUCUCUAACUAUGUACAGUCUGAAAUGUUUGAAAAUGCCUACUGCAAAAUUCUUAGAUGUCAUAGGAAGACUAAAGUAUCUGGUUCAUCUUGACAUCUCAGACGAUCAGCAUUCUGGAUCCGAGAUUGCCUUUUGUUUGCUAAGGCAAAAAGACAUUCUGCCUAAUCUUGUAUCAUUGGACAUUUCAGGGAACAAAUCUAUUACUGAUGAAGCCGUAGAAGCCUUUGUCAGACAGCGGCCGCGAAUGCACUUUAUAGGUUUGUUAGGUACAGCAGCUGGAUUCACAGAGUUCGUUUCAGGACAGGGAAGCUUGAAGGUCUCGGGAGGAGAAAAUGAAAUGCAGAUUUUAGAAGCUCUGAAACGCUACAACGAAAGGCCAGUAUUUGUGAAGGAGGCCUUCUUUCAUCUUUUUCUGCAAACCUGUUUUAUGAAAAUUACAAAGCCUGAAAUUUUAAAGCUUGUGAUUAUUGGAAUGAAGAAUCACCCUUUGGAUUUGGCAGUACAGUUGACUGCUAGCGCCUGUGUCCUUAAUUUAACUAGGCAAGGCCUAGCAGCAGGUAUGCCUGUUCGGCUGCUCUCCAGUGUAAUUCAGCUGCUCCUUAAAGCCAUGGAAACAUUUCCUGAACAACGACAGCUCCAGAAGAAUUGUCUUCUUUCAUUAUCUAGUGUCAGGAUCCUCCAAGAUGUUCCAUUUAACAGAUUUGUGGCUGCCAAAUUUGUUGUUCAAUGGCUUUGUAAUCAGGAGAAUCAACAUAUACAAAGAAUUGCAGUUAAUGUAAUCUCUAUCCUGGGACUUAAGCUUUCAGAUGAACAAGCAGCACAACUUUCUGCCGAAUUCUACAUUGUUGUUGGGAAACUGCUUGAAAUAAUUGAACAAAAAACAAAUCAGAGUGAAUUAGAUGCGACUUUUCAUUUUACACUUCGUGCACUUUGGAAUCUCACAGAUGAAGCUCCAACUAUUUGUACACACUUUAUGGACCACAAAGGACUGGAUCUUUUCUUGGAAGUUUUAGAGAUUUUUUCUUCUGAUUCAUCUAUACAACACAAAGUUCUUGGCCUCUUGAACAACGUGGCGGAGGUGAGAGAGCUGCACCCCAGGCUAAUGCAGAAGGACUUCAUGGAUAAUGUCAGUGAACUUCUGAACAGUUCUGAGAUAGAAGUCAGCUAUUUUGCUGCUGGGAUUACGGCCAAUUUGAUAUCUAGAGGUGAAGAAGCCUGGACAUUGAAUCAAAAACUGAGAAGAUCUCUUAUUGAAAAGCUGCAUUCAACCCUUUUGAAGUGGCCAACACCAGAAUGCAAGAUGGUAGCACUGCCAGCUUAUAGGUCUCUCAAGCCAUUUUACCCACUGCUUGACUGCUUUACAUUACCUGGAGUACAGAUCUGGGCUGCGUGGGCUAUUCUGCAUGUCUGCUGCAAAACCUCUGCCAAAUACUGUGCAAUAUUAAUAGAAGAGAAUGGACUACAGCACUUAUAUAACAUCAAAGAAAAUGACCAGAGUGAUCCUGAUGUCCGGUAUUUAGUAAACAAGAUAUUAAGUUAUGUGGAAACUCAUGUGAAGUAUUAUGGGAUGCCUAAACAUCUAAUAGAGCUACAAGGCCAUUCAGAUUGAUAACUGAGGUCAUAUCUCUUCUACUGCCAUAUAGUAUUGACAUCCUUUUCACCAUCCACUUUAAAAAAAGAAUCAAGAUGGUCCUUGUAUCUUUUUCAAAUCUUCUGUAAUUAGCUUUAACUUAUGGCUCUUGUAUAAUGACAGAUGGAAAGAAAUUUAGGCUUGUUUCUGCUAAAACAAUGAGUUUGAGGCAAACAAUUGGGUCAGUCACAAACCACUGUUAUGAACUUGUGCACGUCCAAAGAAGAGAUCCGGAGUUUAGUUUAUUGUACAUAAAUAUUUGUCAUGAUGUAAGCAUAAAUCACUUUGUUACUGUAUUUUUUUUCUGGGUAUACAAAGUAUUUUUCUAUGAGUGGGGAAAAUAUUUCAAGAGACUUUUUAGGCUUUAUCUAAAAAAGAUACGUUCAGUGAUGGUAUUACAAAAUGAUUGCAUGUUUCUAUCUUCAAGAAAAUUGGUCAUAAUGCAAAAUAAAGCUUUUAUAAGGUCAAAUUCACUAUAUGGUAGCCA